UCCUCGGUAACCGGAUAUAUUGCUUGGCUAGAGCAAAUGCUGUUGAACCGUGGGACUGAGCCCCAUUGCCAGGAGAGAGGGAGAGAGAGAACAUGGCUGCCGUAAAGCAAGGUGAUCUGUUGGCUGCGGGACUGGAGUCCGAGAAGGCUCUCCAAGACUCAGCUGCCCUCAAAGCAGAGAGGAGGAGGACUGAAAGCGCUCCGGCUGGGUGUGGCAUGGAAACCUGCAGAAAAACGUCUCCAGAGAUCUUGAAUCGAGAUGCUCCAAAUUCCGGUGCCGAGUUCAGGCAGUUCAGGUACCAAGAGGCCAUUGGCCCCCACGAGGUUUGCAGCCGGCUCCUGGACCUUUGCUGCCGGUGGCUGAGGCCCAAGAGACUCACCAAGGAAGAGAUGUUGGAGCUGGUGGUCCUGGAACAGUUCCUGGCCGUCCUGCCCCCGGAGAUGGAGAGGUGGGUCAGGGAAGGCCGCCCAGGGAGCUGUGUCCAGGCCGUAACCCUGGCGGAAGGUUUUCUACUGAAGCAGCAGAAGGACAGAAGGCAAAUGGUCCAGGAGCCGUUCAUGGAGGUGGCCGGCCUUUUAUCUGGUGCAAAGAAGGUUCCGUCGGACGACUUUGACAGGCCGGGACCUGGGGCCAAAACCAGCACAAUGAAAUUCCACAGAGAUAAAGACAGUGAAAUGGCACCUGAGGCACAUUCUGAAACUUCUCCUUUUUCUGCUGGAGUGGGAAAAGCCACCAACCAGCAAAUUCAGGAGCAGGUGGUUUUCGAUGAGGUGGCUGUGAGUUUCACAGAGGAGGAGUGGGCCCUGCUGGAUCCAGGCCAGAGAGCAUUGUACCGGGAGGUCAUGUUGCAGAAUUACGGGAUGGUGGCCUCUCUAGAAGCUCUGCUGAUUCCUAAGCCUGACCUCAUCUGCCAGUUGGAAGAGGAAGAGCUCAUCGAGCAGUGUACUGCGGAAGGGGAGAGUUUUAAAGGCUGGAAGAGGGAGAAUGAGGAUGAACUUUAUGAGGCUUCUGCGGAGAGAAACGAGACUCGAGAUGUGAACGAGAUAUUUGUGAGUGAAGAUGGACCAGAGAUGCAGGUUGGAAAGCCGGCAGUGAAGUGGAAGGACAGAUUCCUUUAUCUGCAGGAUGUGGAGUUCCACGAAAGCUCCUUCCAAAAGGAACCGUGCAAAGUAAGGAGGAGGAACGAGUGCGCUGUGUGUGGGCAGAUCUUCAGUCACAAAUCGAGCCUUGUUACUCAUCAGAGAAUCCACACAGGCGAGAGGCCCUAUAAAUGUGCAGUUUGUGGAAAGAGCUUCAACCGAAGGACGCGGCUCACUUCACAUCAGAGGCUGCACACAGGGGAGAAGCUGUAUAGCUGUUCAGACUGCAGCAAGAGCUUUUGCGAAAAAUCGAGUCUUAACGCCCAUCAGAGAAUCCACACAGGAGAGAGACCCUAUAAAUGCUUGAACUGUGGGAAAAGCUUCAGCCGCAGCUCAAACCUUAUUGCUCACCAGAAAAUCCACGCGACACAGAAACCCCGUAAUCACUCAAAAGGUAGCAAGGGCUUCUCUGUUCAGUCUAAGCAUGUUUCACAUGAAAGAAUUCACAAAGGAGAGAAGGAUCUAUGUAGUUCUGUAAUCUUUAGCAAGAGCAUCUCUGAUGACAUGAGUCUUAUCGGACAUCCAGAAAUAUAUGCGGAAGAAGAUCCUUAUAAAUGUUUUGACUAUGGGGAAAGCUUCAGUAAGAGCUCCAACCUUUUUAACCACCAGAGAAUUCACUUAGAGGAGAAACCAUACAAAUUCUGUAGCAAUAGCUUUUCAGACAAAUCUGGUCUUAUGACACAUCAAGGCAUCCACUCGGGAGAAAAAACAUAUAAAUGCCCAGUGUGUGAAAAGAGCUUCAGUCGUAACUGGAGCCUCCUUACACAUCAGAGAUACCACAGAGGGGAGAAACCUUAUAAAUGCUCGGACUGCAGCGAAAGCUUUUGCGACAAAUCAAGUCUUAUCAGACACCAGAGAAUCCACACAGGAGAGAAGCUCUAUAAAUGCUUCAUUUGUGAGAAGAGCUUCAAUCAGAGCACAAACCUUUUCACACACCAGAGAAUCCACACGGGGGAAAAACCGUAUAAGUGCAUCGAGUGUGGGAAAAGCUUUAACCAGAGCUCACAUCUUAUCAGGCAUCAGAGGCUCCACACUGGAGAGAAACCCUACAAGUGCUCAGAAUGUGGGAAGAGCUUCACUCAGAGUCCGAAUCUCAUUCGGCACUGGAAAAUUCAUGCCAGAGAGAACACGUAACGGCAGCUUUUUGACUUUUAUGGGAAAAAAUAAAAGCAUCAGCGCACAAGAGAACGACACAUUAGAUGACGUGUUACAAGAUAAGGAACUUGCUCACACAAAUGAGAGGUGGAAGAUUCCUGCAUUGCAAGUGGUAGAUUGGAUGACCCUUUGGGUACCUCUAUGAUAUGGUUGUGCAGCAGAACAGAUUCAUGUGCAUGUAACAUUUUCCUAGAUCCCUCUGCCCCCCCCCUGCAGAGACAGCAAUCCCAUCCUAGUAGUAUAAGCAAGGUAGAGCUAUAGAGUUGGAAG